AUGGUUAGUGAAUUUCUAACUGAAAUUGAUGGACGUCUACAAUUGCAUCAAUCCGAUAUAGAAAAAUACCCUGAUAUACCAAAAGAAGCACGAUGUUACUUAAGGCCUGGUAUAAAUCAAGAAGGUUACUGGACAGUGGAACAUCUUCUUGAACAAAUUAAAUAUAAAGCGAUUCCCAUUUUUGAGACCCUGUAUCCAGAUUGUAUGGCUGUAUUUGCUUUUGAUAACAGCUCUAACCAUGCUGCAUUUAGCAAAGAUGCUUUACUUGCAAGUAGGAUGAAUCUAAGUCCAGGCGGAAAGCAACCAAUCAUGCAUAAUACUUUUUUUGGACCAAAUAAUCAGUUACAAUCGAUGGUCUUUCCGACAACACAUUCAGAUGAGAAACUUCGAGGAAAACCUAAAGGAAUUAAGCAAGUGUUGAUAGAACGAGAAAAAUGGCCAUCAGAAGGAUUAAUAUUAGAAUGCAAAAAUUGCAAAAAAAAGAUCGAAGACUCUUCAAGAGUUGCUUGUUGUGCACGUCGAGUAAUGUCUCUGGAGCACGAUUUUCUUGUUCAAAAGAAUGCAAUUAAAGAAUUAAUUGAGAAUGCAGGACAUAAAUGCAUCUUCUUUCCAAAGUUUCACUGCGAGUUAAACUUUAUCGAAAGAUAUUGGGGAGCUGCCAAAAGACACUCACGUGAGAAUUGUAAUUAUUCAUGGGAGGGAUUACAAAGAACAGUCCCUGAGAGUCUUGAAUCAGUAUCCUUGAUAACUAUUCGGAGGUUUUCAAGAAAGUGCUGGCGUUAUAUGGAUCUUUACAGGAAAGGUCUUAGCGGAAAAUUAGUUGAGUAUGCAGUAAAAAAAUAUAAAUCGCACAGGAGAAUUCCAGAUAGUGUCCUUGAAGAGUUAAACAAGUUAGAUAUUAUUCAAACUG